AUGCAAGUUGCCUUAGACGAGGUGGAGAAACCGGCUAAACGAGGAAAGAAAGCUAUUGAUAAGAAAGAAGCAACCGAAGAGCCCUCUUCUAAACCCUCUAAGUCAAAGAAAAGAAAAGCUGACAAGGGUGAUUCCUCUGCUCCUAAGAAAAAUAAGAAAAUGGCUUGCAGAAAACUCACUUCUUCACCCUCACAUUUAGACCCGAAGGAUAAGCAGUCUGCAGGUGAUGAUGACGAAGAGCAACAUAAAGGUUCACCUAGGGGUAAUACACCUCCUCAGUCUCCAACUCCGAAGGAUCUUGUUAAUGAUUCUGUUCCAACCCCCCCUCCAUCUCCACCCAAGACAACCGUUCCGGUCACCGUUGCUCCUCCACCCCCAUCUUCAACACCACUAGUUUCCACUAUUGCUUCACCACCACCUGUAAUUUCUACUCCAAUCACUACCGCCCCAUUACCACCACCCAUUUUCUCCAACACAAUCUUCUACUCUACACCUAUCAUCACUUCAACCAUAGAUUCUUUUGUCAAUGUCAACACAUCUGAUGUGGGGGCAAUGACUGAAGAACCUCCGAAAGUAAUCACAUAG